AUGAAGUACUUCACGCUAUCAAUGAUAACUGCCUUGGCGGCGGCUUCGCCCAUUUCCUCGGCAGCUCAAUUCUCAGAGAAAGAGAUACAGGCGCGUCAGUUCGGUUUUGGCACAACCACUCGGAAUGAACUCGAGGAUGGCCGAGCUGGGGCAUGUCCAGAGGCAAUCUUCAUUUUUGCCAGGGCUUCCACUGAGAGUGGCAACAUGGGCGCUUCUACAGGCCCUGCAGUAGCCAGUGCUCUUGAGCGCAACUAUGGUGCCAGCAAUGUGUGGGUCCAAGGUGUUGGCGGUCCAUACUCGGCUGAUUUAGGCUCGAACGCACUGCCUGGCGGCACUUCCCAGGCUGCGAUUAAUGAAGCUGUGGGCCUGUUUGAACAAGCAAAUCAGAAAUGUCCCGACACUCCUAUCGUUGCUGGCGGCUACAGUCAGGGUACCGCCGUGAUCGCAGGUGCUAUUCCCAAACUCUCUACCACUAUUCGCAAUCAGGUCAAGGGUGUCGUGCUCUUCGGCUACACGCGAAAUCUCCAGAACCGUGGUGGCAUCUCUGACUACCCUAGCGAAGACCUGGAGGUAUACUGUGCUACCGGUGAUCUUGUAUGCGUUGGUACGCUUACUAUCACUGCCGCUCACUUCUCUUACUCGGAUGAGGCCGCUGGACCUGCGCCAAGGUUCUUGAUCGGCAAGAUUGAUGCGAACUGA